GACUGUGUACUUUAGUUUGUUUAUGUGCAGACGUAAAUAACAUUGGUGUCAAUUGUGCCAAAGAGUUUUUGGUUCUAUAUGAAUUUGUUUAAAAUGAGUGAUAAUUCAAAACUUAUUGCAAUAUAUUAGAAACAGGACUUUAGGCGGGGAGUUACUCGCACCAUAUACUCAUAAAUACAAUUAUGUACGCCAAGGGAAAAGGGGCUACAGUACCGUCUGAUGCACAAGCCAGAGAAAAGUUGGCACUUUAUGUAUAUGAAUAUUUACUUCACGUGGGUGCUCAGAAAGCUGCACAGACCUUCCUCUCAGAGAUAAGAUGGGAAAAGAACAUAACCUUAGGAGAACCACCGGGGUUUCUACAUUCUUGGUGGUGUGUGUUCUGGGACUUAUAUUGUGCUGCUCCAGAGAGGAGGGAUACGUGUGAACACUCCAGUGAAGCAAGAGCGUUCCACGACUAUAAUGCCGGCCCUGCCCCAAGUCCGCUGGGCCAGAUGCCACCUAAUGAUGGAAUUCCAGGAGGUCCUGGUAUGCCUCCAGGAUUCUUUCCUCCAUUCAUGGGACCGAGGUAUCCUGCUGGACCAAGACCUGGUGUUCGAAUGCCACAACUUGGAAAUGAAUUUAAUGGACCUCCAGGUCAGCCCAUGAUGCCUAACAGUAUGGAUCCAUCUAGACCAGGUGAAGGCGGCGAGUAUGUGGGUUGGCAAGGUCCUCCUGGAAUGAGCCCAAUGAACCCUAGGAUGAACCCUCCUAGAGGACCGGGCAUGGGUCCAAUGGGUCCUGGGUCGUAUGGCCCUGGGAUGAGAGGCCCUCCUCCCAACAGUAGUCUGGGUCCAGGUCCGGGUGGCCCUGGUGGACCCGGCGGACCCGGUGGUCCUGGGAUGCCUCCCAUGUCCAUGACUGGCCCUGGGGGCCGGCCACAAUGGCAGCCCAACUCCUCCACUCCCAUGAACUACUCUUCAUCAUCCCCUGGAAAUUAUGUGGGUCCACCCGGAUCAACAGGCCCCCCUGGUCCUGGGACUCCGAUAAUGCCUAGUCCUCAAGGUUCUGUGGGCCCUUAUUCCCCCGCUAGCCACAGAAUGCCCACACCCAGUCCUGUUACAAGACAAGAUUCGUCAAACUCAGGGGGAGACAACAUGUAUACUAUGAUGAAGCCUGUUCCUGGAGGCAAUAUGCCUGGGGAUUUUCCUAUGAGUGGAGGACCAGAGAGCGGAUCUUUGGGGCCGAUGGGACCUACCACGAUGGGCCCCCAUCCCAUGAACGGUGAUGGGAUCGACGGAAUGAAGAACUCGCCAGCCAAUGGUGGCCCCGGCACUCCCCGUGAGGACAGUGGCAGCGGUAUGGGAGACUACAAUCUCGGGGGGUUCGGCCCCGGUGAGAAUGACCAAACCGAAUCAGCCGCCAUUCUCAAAAUUAAGGAAAGUAUGCAAGAAGAAGCCAAGAGGUUUGAAAAAGACUCCGACCAUCCGGAUUAUUUCAUGCAAUAACACCCACCGGCUCUGGACGGCUUGCUUCCCCCAAUCCCCUGCUCUACAUCCCUUCCCUUACCUCCUCGUCCAUCCCCACGUCUCCUCACAUUCCCCUCUAACUGUAUUGUAUAGAUCUUCCCAGUGUAGCGGGAGAUGAGCUACUUCUUCUGAGAAGGGUUCCUAGAUGCGUACAAAGUGAUAUUCAUAUAAAAGAUAUCUCUAUCAUUGUUGGCAUAAUUCAACAUUGAAUCAGUAUUGCUCUAUUGUCUUUCAUAGAAAUUGUCUUUAUUUAUAACUGAUAGUAAACGUAUUCAUAAUUAUGUUGUACUUUCCCUACCUUAAAGUAUUAUUUUGGGAUCUCGGAAGUAAUUUUUAUUUGCUUAAAACUUAAAUUUAUAUAUUUUUAUGAUUAUUGUGAUAAAAAUUAAUGAGGUUGUAUAUGUAAAACCUCGAUAAAUCUGACCGUAACUAUUUAAUGUUGUAUCUUUUAUCAAAUGUUGCUGUAAUGUUUUGUACUUUUUACCGACUAAAUUGCAGGCAAAUUUAAAUUUACAUCAAUGAGAAACCAAUGGACUAGCAUCAAGGAGCCCUACUCAAAACUAUUUUACCAAUGAUUAAUUAUUAUUUCAAUCUGGACAUAAUAUUUAACAUAUUAAGUAACAUUUAAGUUCCUUCGGUUAAGAAUUACUAAGUGAAAAGAUUUCAUACACUUAACAUUAAGAAGGCACAAGUUUUGUUAUUUGGUUACAUAUUUUACGAUGCACAAGUUUUAUCGUCACUAGUAAAUUUAUUAUCAACAAGAAGUAUUUUAUUGAAUGUACUUCAAAAAGAGUUAUAGGUUGUGUUUAGUUAAAUUUUUAUUAUAAUAGAUAAACAUAUUUAUUUUGUCUCUGGUAGUCUGCCUUCUUAUUGUUGACGUGUAACUUUGAUUGUUGGCCCAGGAUUAUUUUAUUUAUCAGCUAAGUGAGCCGAGUAUACUGUAGUUAGAUGUAAGUAAAUAUGGAUCAGUUAAAUAUAAUUUUAUUGCUGGGAUGUGAAGAAAUCUCCUCUCAUUUUAAGUUUUAGUCUGAUCUCGAUUGUAGAUUUUCUUCUCUAAGAAACUAACCCUUAAUUAAGAAAAAAACAUUUACCAUGAUAAAAUUAACUCAAAGUUUAGUUUGUUGCUGUAUUUUGUAUAUUUCUCUAGUUAAAGCUUUGUUUUUAAAUCCGUCUAUAUAAAUAAUGUAUAUUUUGUUUUAGUUGAAAAAUCAAACUACAAAGAUUAAAAAUGUUAGUUUGAUAAAAAUGUUCAUAGAAUCCCUAGAACAGAAAAAGAUCCUCUGAAAAGUGUUCUGAAUUUUAUUGUAAUUUAUUUAUUAUGUGCUGGUUACAAAAUAAGGUAAAGCUAACAAAAUGUAGUAAAAUUUGAAAAAAAGCCUUGAGAGUAACAAAAAACAUUAUUGUUUGUUGUUCAAUUUUAAAAUUCCAAAUCAUUGCAAAUAAUUUGUAUUCUUAUUAUGUUCUGAAGAUCUUUUUCUAUAGAUUAACAACCAUAUCAAAGGGAUGAUAAGUGAUAAUAGGGGUUGUUGUAUAAAAUUUACUAAGAUUGACUGGAAUAAAUGUGCAUUUCCUCACAUAAUUAAAAGUACACAUUUACAUCACAUAAUAAAAUGUAAUAUUAAGUAAGAAGCCACUGCUGUGAGAAUAUGUAUAAAUUGAUUAAAUUGUCUUGUGAAAGAGAAGUUUUAGUUGCAUAAUAUAUUAUUUAGUGACAUAUUAUUACACUAGUACAAGGUAAAAAAAUAGAAUACUCUUUUUCUUUUAGUGAAAUUGCAAUAUUAUGUCAGCCAUAAUAAAGCAUACACUUCUUGUUGGUUGUUUUACAAAUUUUAUUUUUUUAAUCUUAACUUAAUUUUAAUUUAAUUUUACACUUUUCACUUCUGACUGUUUAGUACAUUGCUUCAUUUUUUCUUGCUGUAGUGAAAUUCAUUUCUGUACAUUCAUAUUAGUACUUGUUAUAAAACUUUUUUUGUAUUUUAGCAUUUAGUUUUUUUAUGUUAACUGUUACUUUGAAUACUUUAUCAAAGUUAAAUCCUUAGUUUCAGAAUCACUGCACUAAUUUGUAUAGAUAUUUCCAUGUAAUCCCAAGUAAUCGUGGUUUCAGAAACUUUGGCAUAAGAGGAUUCGAAGGUGUAAUUGGAUUUAUAUUUUGUUUGAAAUAUUCCUGAUUUACCUUAUACGUUUUAUUUAUUUAUUUAUUUUUAAGUAUCUAGCUAGAUAGUGGUUACCCUUUGUAGAUUUCCUGGAAUUUAUAUAUAUGACUUAUAUAUGUAUAUCGGAUUAUGUUUUUAUUUCCUUGCAUAUAAUAAUAUAUUUUAAAUUGUUAUAACAUUAUACUACAUUGAUUAUAUACAGUUUUUAUAUUGAUUCAAGAUCUAUGUUUAUAACCAAAGUCUUUCAUUUUCCAAGCUUUCUCUUCUGUGGGAUGAUUUUAAAGGAUUUAGUCUAUCCUUGCUUGUGUAUUUUAAAUCUUUUAUAGCACCAUGUGGCUUGUUUGAGUUUUCUGAAGGAAAUGAGGAUAAAUAUGCUGGCCUAUUUUGAGUUAUACAUAAUCAAUCAUUGGAUGAAAGCUAUUUGUAACCAAAUGUUUGUCCUUUAUUUCCUACCGUGUUAAAAUUAUCAUGUAUUGAACUCUGAAUUCACCCAAUCAAACAGGAAUGCCUAGCAUUUCAAUUUUGGUACACAAUUAUAUUUAAUCAUUUAAAACACUAAAAUGGUUUCAAUUGUUCUGUUAAUGUGGCAUAUGCUUAUGACACCUUAUUAUUUGAUCCUUUUAGUUCAAAUUAAAAUUCUCUAAAUUGUUUUGAAUAAUGUUUUAAAAAUAAGUUUUAUUUUUAUUAAGUCUGUUUCAAACAUAACGGUUUUCAAUAUAGUAGAAUCCCAAACGAAUGGAAACAUUUUUUGCAUUAAAUAUCACAUUAUUAUUACAAUCUUAGCCCCUGUAUAUGCCUAUCUACAAUGAGAACAAACUAAUUAAUGAAUAUGAAAAUGUUAAAUGCUCCAGUAGGUUCUUUUGUUAAGCAAUCACACAUUGAUUUUUCCUGUUAAAUGUUCCAAAACUCUCAAAUGAUACAGGCUUCUUGGAAAUUAAACUGAUUAAACAAAUAAACAAUAAAAAGGACAACAAAUUGAAGACCUUAAUAAUGUUAUGAAGUGGGACCAUGUAAGCCCUCCUCUCAAUGCAAAAACCUGUUUUGUCUAAAACUAGCUAUUUAACACUAACAUAAAAGUCAGCUCUCUUUCAAAACAAAACAUACCCUUUUAUAUUACUAAUCAGUUGAACUUUGCUACCCGACAGUUUUGUGCAAAUUGUCGCUUUAACAAAUAACAAUUAAAGCCCGCUAAUCCAGCAUUUGAUAAUUCUGCACAUUCACUGAUCUACGUGAACAUGCUGGAUGCGUUUGUCAGAGUUUCUUGCAGGCGUUUGAGAACGAUGCUACUCAUUUAAAUGGUCUGUUGCCUAUUAUUAGCCCAUUUGACUCAUUUGUUAUCGGAAUUACCUAUUUAGCAACAGCUAUUCCUGGACGAUGCUCAGUAACCCGGCAUUAGUGGGUAGGCACUGUAUAUUGUUGUCUUCUAAGUCGAGUAGGUGAGUGCACCAGUGGAUGACCGUUAAAGCUUGAGUUUCCAUUUGUAUUUGACAUGGAAGACACACUGUUAAGCUUGAGUGUAAAGAAAUGUUUAAAUGUAUUGCCCAUAUUCUCCUUUACUUUGCAAUGAUAAAACUUGGUGUAUUAUCGUCAAACUGGGUGUUGAAAAAUACAGUUUAUCGCACAUAAAUAAAUUAGACCAGUGAAUGGCUGCCUGUUGUACAGCAUUUAAAAAUGGUAUUAACCUCUCUCCUUUUCUAAUAAUAACCUGUUGGAGAUUCUUUCAUUGAAGACUGACACUCUGUAUGUAAUAAAAAUAACCAAUUCAAGAUGUUUUCUAUUAACCAAUUAAUCCACCAAAAACAUUAUUUCUAAACGUUUGAAAGAAAAUUGGUCCAAAUCUAGUACAAGGCCAAAACUGGUUAUACCCAAAGUUGUGAUCCAGUAAAUGACUGACUGUUCAAAUAAUUGUUGGUUAGGAUUUUGCUCUUGAAAUGAGUAGAGAAUUAUACCUUAACAUGUUUACUGUGAAUCAAAUAUAAUACAUUGCAGUUUCCAUACAAAAUCAAAGAACCAUGACAAAUACAACCAAUCUUGUUUGUACGAGACAAUAUUGUGGGAAGCUUGAAGAUGAACUGGUUGGAACACUUAAUUUUAUUUGUGUUGUAAAAGGAUGAUUGACACUUUAUUUUUCACCAGCUACAGAGUAGAUUACAACCAGGCUCCAAAGUACUUUGACUAAGACCGUUUGUGAUUGACUAAGUAACACAAAAAGCUUAACAUGAUGUUUUUUAUACGAAGCGGUCAUUUCACUGGUGCAGUCACCCUGUAACUUAAAGUCCUUAUAAUUACUUGACAGCAAGCGUUUACACAAUUCUAUUAUUUUAGAAAAUCAGUUGCUGUCAGUUUUCUUCAAUCAUGUUAAAAUUUGCAUAAGUUUUUGGGAUUCUACACAGUAAUUUAAUUGGUAUGUUGUUUUAUUUACGUGACAUGAGUGUAGUCAUUAAUAAUUUACUUUUGCUAAGUGCUCAUGAACACUGAACAUUUAUGACCAAACCAUAGAUCGAUGAAAACAAUUUUUCACCUUUAUUCUUUGGUAAGAACAUGAUUGUGUAAAAAUAUGUAUUAAACACUUUUAACAAGAAAAAGGUUUCUUACCUUAGGACUUUUUAAACUUAUGAAUGGAUAUUGGAUAUGUAUUUAAAGUUAUUUGUGUGACUUUAAUUCAUAAAUGUAAAUCUUAUAAGGUUCUUAAAUAUGCUGAAAAAUCAA